AUGGGUGACGCCCCGCUGCCAGCGCCCCCAGUCCCCGGCCCGGCCUCCACCCCGGCCCCCGCCGCCCCCCGGGUCCCGUUCCACUGCAGUGAAUGCGGCAAGAGCUUCCGCUACCGCUCCGACCUGCGGCGCCACUUCGCUCGGCACACGGCGCUCAAGCCCCACGCGUGUCCCCGCUGCGGCAAGGGCUUCAAGCACAGCUUCAACCUGGCCAACCACCUGCGCUCCCACACCGGGGAGCGGCCCUACCGCUGCUCCGCCUGCCCCAAGGGCUUCCGCGACUCCACGGGCCUGCUGCACCACCAGGUCGUCCACACCGGCGAGAAGCCCUACUGCUGCCUGGUCUGCGAGCUCCGCUUUUCCUCGCGCUCCAGCCUGGGUCGCCACCUCAAGCGCCAGCACCGCGGGGUGCUCCCGUCCCCGCUGCAGCCCGGCGCGGGCCUGCCUGCUCUGAGCGCGCCUUGCUCGGUCUGCUGCAACGUGGGACCCUGCUCCGUGUGCGGGGGCGCGGCGGCCGGCGGUGCGGAGGGCCUGGAAGGGGCGGGAGCGGCCGGCUGGGGGCUGGCGGAGGCGGCUGCUGCGGCCGCCGCCUCCUUGCCGCCCUUUGCUUGCGGGGCGUGCGCGCGGCGCUUCGACCAGGGCCGGGAGCUGGCGGCCCACUGGGCCGCGCACACCGACGUGAAGCCCUUCAAGUGUCCGCGCUGCGAGCGCGACUUCAACGCGCCCGCGCUGCUGGAGCGGCACAAGCUGACGCACGACCUGCAGGGGCCCGGCGCGCCCUCGGUGCAGGCCUGGGCCUCGGGCGCCGGCGAGGGGGCCGCGGCCGGGGACGCACCGCCGCCACCGGCCAGGGACGGCGGGCUGCCCCUGGGCCCCCAGCGGGGCGGCGUGCCCGAGCUCGGGGGGCUCCCGGAGGCGGCGGCCGAGCCGUCCGAAGACACCCUGUACCAGUGCGAGUGCGGCACCUUCUUCGCGUCGGCCGCGGCCCUGGCCGGGCACCUGGAGGCGCACUCGGGCCCGGCCACUUACGGCUGCGGCCACUGCGGGGCGCUCUACGCGGCGCUGGCCGCCCUCGAGGAGCACCGGCGGGCCAGCCACGGCCAGGGCGACGGCGCCGGGGCGGAGGCGGCCCCGGAGGGCGAGCCCGCGGCGCCCGGGGAGCCCGCCUCGGGCUCGGGCCGCGGCGGGGGCAGCAAGCGGAUCUUUGGGUGCUCCGAGUGCGAGAAGCUGUUCCGCUCGCCGCGCGACCUGGAGCGGCACGUGCUGGUGCACACGGGCGAGAAGCCCUUCCCGUGCCUCGAGUGCGGAAAGUUCUUCCGCCACGAGUGCUACCUCAAGCGCCACCGGCUGCUGCACGGCAGCGAGCGCCCCUUCCCCUGCCACAUCUGUGGGAAGGGCUUCAUCACGCUCAGCAACCUCUCCCGGCACCUCAAACUGCACCGCGGCAUGGACUGACGGGCCGGCCCCGAGAGGGGCUUCGGCACCCCCACCCCGAGCCGGGGAGGCUGAGGACGAACACCCCUUGGCUGGGGUCCAAGGACACGCCGGGUGGGCGCGCCCGAGUCUGCAGAGACCUCACAUGCUGGACCUGGGUGGGAGCCAGGCGCCCCGCGACAGCGCCCUCCCACACACUACGACCAAGGGCCGACAUUCAACAGCCGUGCCCCGGAUCCCACUCCCGGGAGCUUCCACGGACCGAGCUGAGCUGCCCCCGCACCCCAGAAGAUGGGUACAGCCCAAAUCUGCCUUUCCCCCUCUCCGUUUCCUGAGCCCAGAGGACCAGGGUAGACGCCCCCGCCCCUAGUUCCCCCACCCCCGUGCGGAGCGCACGGCACGGCCGUCUCCUUCACCCGACACUAGACUAGACUGGGAUAGGCUGGGCCGACCCUGCCCUGUAGACGCACUGACCCAGACACACACACACCUGCCCCCAGUGUGGGAAGGCAGACACCCCUUUUCCGUAGUGGGUAGUGGGUGGGCCUUGUUCCCCGGCCUCCCGCAGUGAGUCGAGGGGAGCUGGCGGCCCUGCCCUCCUCAUGGCAAUGCCAGUCCUUCUCUCCCUUUCUGUUGGUUUGUCCGUCUCCGUGUCCCUCCCCACCCAAGGAGAAGGGGGUGCUGCCCUACCUGCCCCCUCACGGACCUCCACCUUGCCCCCGUGUUCCCAGGACCCCAAUAAACCUUGUCCUGUCGGUCACUG